AUGAUCGACUACCUGAGGCCCAGGCGGUGGGCCCUCGAGAACCCGGCCACGGCUGCUGAAGACGCGCGAGUACAUGGCCGGGCUGCCCUUCCACGACGUCACCUACUGCAAGUUCGGCUACCGGUACAGGAAGCCCACGAGGAUCUGGGGCAACCUGCCCUGGACGCCCUCCCGCGGCGUCUGCAGGAAGGGCGACCGCUGCGAGGCCUUCGACGGCCGGGGCACCCGGAGAGCGCGCAGCGGGGCUCCCGCGGCGGCUAUGAGGGCAGCAACUCCAGGGACCAGCUCUACUCGCUCCCGCCCGUGCGUCUCUUCAAGACGCCCGACUACGCCGUCAAGCAGCCGCCCGAUCCGGUGGUCUGCAAACUCCCCGCCAACGGGAUCCUCUGCGCACCCUCGGCCAGCGGGAAGACCGUUCUCCUCGUGUCGAUGAUUUUGGAGCAGUACCGGGGCUGCUUUGAGCGCAUCUACAUCUUCUCGCCCUCCGUGGAGGUCGACUCCGCCUGGCAGCCCGUCAAGGACUACAUCAGGGACGAGCUGGGCGUGAACACGGACCGCGAGCAGUGCUGGUGGGAGGACUGGGACGAGGGGGCGCUCCGGAAGAUCAUCGCGGACCAGAAGCGCAUCACGCAGAAUAAGGAGCUGGGCCUCAAGAAACUCUACCAGGUUCUGGUGGUCCUCGAUGACCACGCGGAUAACCCCGCCGUGCACAAGAAGGCGGGGGACGGCGUGCUCGACACGCUCUUCAUCCGCGGCCGGCACUUCUGUAUCUCGAGUUGGGUGUCGACCCAGAAGCUUCGGCUUAUGAGCUCCGCCGUGCGGGUCAACGUCAUGUUCUACGCGGUCUUCCGGCUGCGGAACCAGCUGGAGCUGGACGCCCUGGUUGAGGAGUUGAGCGCCAUGCUCUCGAAGGAGACCCUCUACGCCAUGUACGAGGAGGCCACGCGGGAGCCCUACGGCUUCUGGUUCGUGAACCUCCGCGCUCCCAAAAGCGAGAUGUUUUGGAUUAAUUUUGAGAGGCGUUUCCUCGUAAACGACGAUGGGCAGCCUGCUGAGCCAGAUGGCGGCCAAGGCGUCUACGACCCGAGCCGCUACUGGCCCCCGCCGGAGCGGCCCCGGCAGGUCUCGGAGGAGUCGGCCGUCAGCGAGUUCUCGGCGCGGCGCACAGGGAUUUUCCGCCGUAAGAGAAGAGAAAGCCGCAAAUGA